UUCCUCUUCGGGGAUUGUGUUAGAGAUUUGGGUUGUUUUGGCUUUUCGGUUUUUUGCGCGUGAGAUUUCUGGAUCCGCGUUCUACGCGUUAACCCCCCGAAUUCCCUCGCUACCUCUGGAUGGGUUCCGCUUUUGUGAUGGCCCCUACCUUCGCGCAGCUCUAUUGCAGCUUCUAUCUAGUGGUUCGCGUGUGAGUGCUCCUUGUUCGUAGCAGUGUCUCGUGAUGGGCGUAUGAUGAGAUGUCAUCUAGUUUGUUGACUGAGUUGGAGGUGAGUUCUCUACAGGUUGUUCCGGUGGUGGGUGUGGAUCUCGACUUGGAGCGGUAGUCGAAUAACCUUGAUUUGGUGACCUCCUUACGUUGUGGAGGAACAUAGUUUUCACACUCUUUGCGAGUUUUUUUUUUUUUUUUUUUUUUUUUUUUUUGUUUGUUUUGUUUUUGUUUUGUUUUUGUGUUUGGUAUUGAACCGCACCAUACGAUCUCUUGCAAAAGAAGUGGCGAAUCAUCACCGGCAGCCGCCAUGCAGUGGCUUUCAGAAAUGGGUAUGGAGGAUCACCAACUCGUGAGGCAGUUCGACCCGUUGUUUAACCAGACCAGCGUCGAGCAAUAUGGUGGCGGGUUGCCUAGCGGGAGCAGCAACGAUUAUGUCGCACCCCUGGAGAGUUUGAAGCAGCAAAAGGAGCGACAGAGUUUUGCGGAUCUGGACGGGUUUUACCACCAAGAGCGACCCCAGAAAAUGUUGAAACCGAACUGCUACGAGCCUAACCUGAGCAACUUCCAGUACCAAGCGAAUCCUCAUUGGAAUACGUCAAUGAGUUUUUCAUCAGGCUUGGAUUUCAUGACAUUUGCAACUCAUCAACCAUCUGGGCAAAAUCCUCAUCAAAAGCAGGAGCACCAGAUGCUGCCCCAGCAGCUGGACACCUAUGCGAUGCCUGUUCAACACUUGCAUGACGAUGGUGCCCUGCAUCCGAGAACUCCAGGGAGUCGAGUAGACUCAGGAAGCUCAGCUGUAUCUUUAGGUGCAAAUGGCAGCAAGCUUGAUGCUCUCUCUAUGGAGGUUCUUCGAGGUUCAAGUCCUCUUUCCUCGAUCGAAUAUGUCCAGCAGGGCAAGCAAAAAAUAACGGGAUUCUUUUCUCCAAAUGGAGGUGGCUCUAGGCUCAGUAUGCCUACACAACCGCCACCACCGGUGAAAAGCACAGGUCAUACACAGGAUCACAUUAUGGCAGAACGGAAGCGGCGGGAGAAGCUUAGCCAACGCUUCAUUGCUCUUUCUGCGAUUGUUCCCGGCUUGAAGAAAAUGGAUAAAGCCUCUGUGCUGGGAGAUGCAAUCAAGUAUGUAAAGACAUUGGAAGAGAAGCUUAAGACAAUGGAAGAGAGGCUUCCGAAGAAGAGAAUACGCUCACUCUCUAACAAGAAAAGCUCGCAGCCUUCCACAACUCCUGGUCCUGUCUCACAGGGAGAAUCCAAGCCAGCUGUUGUAGUGAAGCAGCAGCUAAGCGACGAUGUUGUAGAUGAAGACGAUUGCUCUCAACCUGAGAUUGAAGCGCGGAAGAUUGAUAAAAAUGUACUCAUAAGGAUGCACUGCGAAAAGCGAAAAAGUUUACUCGUGAAAUCACUUGCAGAACUCGAGAAGAUGAAGUUGGUCAUUCUUAAUGCGAACAUCCUCUCCUUCUCUGCAGCGACGGUGGAUCUCACUUGCUGCGCCCAGAUGUCAGAAGGGUGUGAGGUUAACACCGACGAGAUUGUUCGAUGUUUGCAAGAACUGUAUUAUACACUGGACGACUGACUGAACGUUGUUGGAAAUGGACUUUCACAAAAGCAUGGAGUAUGAGUCCACGACUAUCGGUCCAAAACGAUAGCUGUACCCACAGCUUUCAAAAUUGUUUUUUUAGAGAUUCUCAGACAAUGCCAUCUGCGAUCAGUGGGCUUCUUCCGUUCCCUCAGGUGAAGAUGGACAUGGCCAUUGCAUCGGAGUUUUUCAACGUCGUCAACCCAUUCACGAUUUUCAGCACAGUUCAAGUGCUUUUUCUUCAGAUAUCUUUGGUUCCUGUGCUUGUUCAUAUUUCCAAGGAGUGUGUCUACCUGGAGGUACAACGAAGUUUUCAGGUCUUCUCUUUUACCCGCCUGUCGCAACAAGCUGCUUUUUGAAGAGAGACCGGUCCACAAAUUCGCCUUGUACUAUCUUCCAUGAGCAGAUUAUUUUCCACACUCUGGGUCUUCUUCAGUUGUGCCCAGAACUCUACUCUGAGGGCUCCGAUUCCAUGACCAGCCUCACCACCUUCAGUGCGGCAUCUACCCGGGUCAUGGCCGUUUUUGCAAAAGCCGUUGCUGAUUUCGCUUGGUUUUUGUUUCACAGCAGAGUACUUGGCACAUCUGUAGUUAUACAUACUAGAGACGACCCUUUGUGGGGUUAGAAUGGCUAAACCUAUUGCUGUUUUUUUCCCAUCCGUAUAAAUGACUUAGGUCAGGCGUGGCGAUUUGCCAGCUUGUUCUUUUUUAUGUGCAAGUGUGAAAUAAAUUUUUUUAACCAAUAGCUUUUACUUAUUAUUCC